UACGUCCUUUGAAUGAUACUAAGAAUUCGACCAUUAAAUUAAUUAUCAGUAAAACUAUCGAAGCUAUGUAUACAAGGUGGAAGCUGAAAAUCAAGUCAUUUAAAGCCCAAAUUAAUAUGAGCAAACAUAAAAAUCAUAAGAAUGAUAUACCGUCAUGUAAGGUGUUAAAUCAAGAUGCAAAGAUUCUUGAAAAAUAUAGUUUAGAUGAUAAUGAUCUUCAGAAAAU